AUGCCCGUGCUGACACGCGUAUAUCCCUCCUUUCAGCCUGCUUAUCCCACCCCGGUCCCCUCUCGCGAUGGCCACAGCGACGUCUAUCGCCAAAACCAGCACGGCCUCGUUGACGCUGCGCGCAGCUCGAGCAGCAGGAAGCUUACCAAGGCAAGCGAGAACGCGGUCACGAAAAAGUCGCGCUCGGUGAGCCUUUUCGUCGUGCCUUCUUGCGUGCGCUGGUCCGGCGAGCCCGACGAGGUCCUCGGUGUCGAUCUCGUCCCCGUCCGCGAAGGCGGCGAGCUCGCUCGCUCGGUUCAACCAACUCAGGAUUAUAAUCCUCAGGCUGCUGCGCCCACGGACUCUGCGUCGCCCUCUUCUCCUCCCUCCUUCCCAUCCCGACGCCUCACCAGUCCGUCAUCAUCACGCGCCCAACCUUCCCCAUCUGUGACGAGCCCCCCACCCGAUGCCAGGUACGCCGAUCGUGACGUGCGCGAAGGUUCGCGUCGUCGAUCAAGGCAGGCCACAAGCCCCCCGCCACCGGUAUCGUCCAGCGCGCGUCUCGCACGCGCGACCUCGCAUGAGUAUGUGGGUGGACAGCAGUAUGCGGGUGAGAGGCCGGUGCAUCGCGUGUCGGUCAGGGCGGGUGUCGUGCGCGCGGCGUCGGCGCGGGUGCCUAUGGGCGAGAGCGCGGUUGUGGAGUACGCUACGCGGCAUACGACGAGAGCGGGCUCGUCUGCGCGUGUGCCUGUGGAGGACGCUAGGGUUACCUCGACGCGCGUGCGAGGGCGUGAUCGCGAGCGUGAGCGUGCGCUUCCGCCCCCGCCUGUUACGGAGACUACCUCCCCAUCCAACCCCUCGCAUAUACAUGGUCAGACGCAGUCACAGUGGCCCUCGCGUAUACCCCACCAGCAACCUGCGCAUAUAUCCUACCAGCAACCCGCGCAUAUAUACCAACAGCAAGCAACAUCUCCGCCCGUCGCGCGCUCGACGUCUACCGCCUCGGGUUCGGUCGCCUCCCCGCGCACGCCGGUGCACCGCAAGCUCCCGCCGUCGAUCGACUCGCUGAAGUCGAGUGCAAGCGCGAGCGCGAACGUCGUUCCAUCGCGUACGCAUUCACGCACGCAGAGUCUCGACCAGGCAGGUUCGGGGACGAACGUGCAGACGAUGUCUCGUUCUCGAACGCAGAGUUUUGAACAGAACAGACUGCCGGGCGAGAGCCAGGUUCAGGCUGGGAUGGCCGCGCAGGUUUUCGCGAGUGAGCAGCAGGUGCAAGGGAAGCAAGAGGAGGAGGAAAGACCGCCUCCGCCUCCACCCAAGCCAGAGUCGAUCCCAAAGUUCGCGGUGCCCAAGACGCGCUCUGAGCCAGCAAGGACCGCAGCAGACGCGCAAUUUCCCUUCGCGGUACCAAAGGCGCAAUCCGAGUCCGCAUGGACUGGUAUGGAGGUUCGAAGAGAGGACAAAAGACCGCGGACGCGCUCGGACGGCAGAGCACCCGGUAUGCCCGCGGUCGAGAGGGUGAGGACGCGUUCGGACGUCAGGUCUUCUGGCGUGCCUCAGGUGGAGAGGGUGAGGACGUACUCGGAUGCCAAGCCUCCGACUGCGGAGCGGGAUGUCAGGCAGAUGGAGCAACAACCCGUGCAGAGUCCGAGGCAGGCGUGGUUCGAGCAGAAUGCUCAGCAGGAACUGCGGGACGCGUAUGAUCCCUCGGGAUACACGCAAGAGCACCCGGUGAAGGGCCGUCCGCGGAUCUUCGUAGCCAUGGCCGCUUCCACUUCAGCAGAGGAGACUGAGUCUCCGGAGACUGCGCAUCCGAAUUCGGCGCAGCAGGUCGGUACCCCGCUCGUGAAGGGCCGUCCGUUGAUAUUUGCAGCUAUGGCGGCGUCUGCGGAGGAGGAUGGGGUGCGGAGCGCGGAGCGCGGUAUGGCCGAGGAGGGCACGUAUGGUCAGUACUCGCAGUUGCUGGAUGGGCAUGGCUACGCGCAGACGUACGGAUACUCGUCGCAGUACUCGCACGAUGCAGUCGCAGAAGCAGGAUCGCGAGGGCGCGAAGACGGUCCAAAAAGCAAGCAAGGGUCGAUGCGUUCGCAAUCCCUCCCGCCCCCGGGUACGCUCGACACGACGGAGUUUGGAGAGUACGAGCAGCGCGGUCGUGUGCCCGAGCGUAGUGGCUCGCGCAGCAAGCUGAGCAAGUUCCGCGGGAG